ACAAAUCAAAACCUUCAAAUAGAUUCUCGUUAUUAAUUCGAGUUGAAAUGGUAGCAAUAGUUUUGGACUGUGUAUAGUAAGAUUUUAAAAAAUGAUGCACAUUUUUUAAUCUUACUAUAAAGCGACUCAAUUCAUUUUCCGACAUCGUAGAAUUUACAUUUAUCUCUCAAGGCGUGCCGUUGUCAUGGUAACCCAUAGUGUUCGAAGUCAACACGGUCUGGUUUACAACUCACCGCGAAUCACUGGUUGCGAUAUUUUAAUACGUUCUGCAUAUUCAAGGCGUCUUUUUUAUCACUCGACACACAUAAAAAUCGACAGUGUUCCGUGCUGACAAAAGUUCACUCAUGUGAAAAGUUCCUUACGCGUCUGUGCACCGAUAAAAAGACCUGACGCCAAACAAUAACAGCAUGGAUUCAACUGAAGACUUGGACGUUUUCUUGAAGAAUGUCGACGAAAUAUACAAGUGUGUAAAGGACCUCAACUCGUCAGACAGUCAAGUCCAGCAGGAAGCUAUCAAGAAGGCAGAUUGCCAUAUUGCAGCCUUAAAUAGAUCCUGCAGGACAAAAGUCAACAAGACCACAAUCAAUACAAACCCAUCAUCUCAGCCUCCUAUGGAUGCCCAAACUGAGAGUACCGAGAAUUUCAUGAGAUUUAUGGAGAGAGAUGCAGAAGACAGGAAGAAGAGGAGGCUCGCUCAGGAGAAAAAGGCCACUGUGUUUAAGGACAGAGGGAAUCGAGCCUAUGCCCAAAAAGAUUAUGAGACUGCUGUGAAAUAUUACAGUGAAGGCCUGGCUGAACUACGCGACAUGCAGCAGUUGUAUACUAACAGAGCACAGGCUUACAUCAAUCUGGAGAGGUAUGAGGAGGCCAUCAGUGACUGUGAAUGGGCCCUGAAGUGUAAUGGGAACUGCAUCAAAGCUUACCUCCACAUGGGCAAGGCGUACCUUGGGUUGAAGAAGUAUAGUGAGUCCAGAACAUGCUUUGAAAAAAUAGCUCAACUUGAACCACAGAUGGAGAACAUGGCUAAAGAAUACCUGACCAAGAUAGAUCUGGAAAAGAAGAAGGAGAGUGAAGAAUUCAACGCCAGGCAAGAUUUUGACAGGGGAGUGGAAAAGGCCAAACUGAUCCCUCAGCUUGUGGAGAAGCUGUCAGAGCCUGGGCAGAUGCUGCUCUACUAUUGCGGAAUAUUGGAGAUUCUGGCCCAUGCUGUGACUGACAGCAGCGGCCAAACGCUUUUCAGGCUGCACAACGGCUUCAGUAUUAUCGACAGCAAUGACACAACGAGGAGUUGCCUUUUGCAGGAAGCAAAUGACCCAUGCAGCCAAGACUUGUGUGUCAGCGUUCUCAAUGUUUGGACGAUAGCAUGCAGGGAAAACGAGGAAAACCAGAAAACGCUGUUGACAUGUCCAGCGUCCAAAGCGUCCAUUGUUCCCUUGGUCUCGGCUGAAAAUGACGCAAUGCAAAAGGAGUGCCUGGAAUUGUUAUGCGUGUUCUCGCAUACUGCACAUGGCAGACGUCUUCUCAUUGACAACUUGGAUGUCCCCACGUUAACAAGGAGCCUCAUGGCGUGCAUCUCGAGGCCAGCGCCGCAACGGGAGAACAGAGCGGUCCUCAUUCUGCAGGAGUUGGCGAGAGAAAAAAAAUUUUGCUUUCAGCUAAGAACUGCGCUGGCAGACUCUGUCUCUGAGCCAUUCACAACAAUUAUGAGCAAUAUCAGCAUGGACAAUCGUCACGUCGUCCCUUCGCUUUUAUCAGCUGUCGGCAGUCUGAGUAGAGAUGACGUCAUCCGUCACACUCUUGCUCACGAUGCAGAAUGUUGGAAGGCCUUCCUGCUUGCCAUCAAAAAUUGCAUCGCAUGCAGUUUCAAUGAGAUACUUUACCCUCUGCUUGGCUUGAUCAUCAACCUUUCAACACUGACCUCCACUGUUAUUCAGGAAAAUGCAUUUUCACUCUGUGGCUGCUGCCUGGACCUGCUGAGGGAUAAUGAUGAAGACAUUGUUACGAGAGCCUUGGGUGUGCUGAGCACCGUCCUCCCUCAGUCCUCCGAGGCUGUUACUCAUGUUGUUCAGCGAGAUGUGGUGAAGACGGUGCAGCGACAGCUCAAGCAAGCAGACUUGGCUGCCACGAAGUAUGCUCUAAAGAUUCUGACGGUGUGCACGGCGGCCAGCCAGUUGGCCCGGGAGGUGCUGGUGAAGUCUGACAAAAAGCUGUCUGUUCUCCGUCGUUUGCUGAGCUCCAGCUCGGAUGAGAUGGUGUCAGGAAAUGCUGCCCUGUGUCUGGCCCAUUGCCUGGAAUUUAAGGGUGUUGCAAGCAACCUGCUUGGCACUGAUAUUGUGCUUGAGUUGCUUCGCCAUGCUGCCGGAGACGCGAAGAGGACAGCCGUGCAGCAAAAUGCGGCUGUUGCACUGGGGAAGCUGUGUCAAUCCGAGCCCAGGCACGUGAACAAACUCCGAGAGCUACACGGCUUUGAGAUCCUGCACUCCUGUAUGAAGCUCAUUAAAUAAGGAUAUCAGAA